GGAGGGUCGUGUGAGGACGUCAAUCCUGAACACAUGUGAGGAGCGGAUCAGGAUACAGACAGGUGCAGAGGAGCUCGGUGUUGGGUGACCGGGACUUGUAUGGUCCUCUCCUCGGAGGAAUGGAGGGUGAUCAGCCCCCUGUGCCCGGCUCUCUUGCCCCCGAUGAUGGGGUGACACCGGUGUUCGUCACUCAGCUGCUGAUCUUCGCGGUGUCGGUGGUGACAGUGCUGGCCUGGUUGGUGCAGAUGGCUCGGAGGUCUCGCCGCUCCCCAGCCGCCGGUGCCCGGAGCCUCCUGUCCGCUGUGUCCGGCUUCCCUUCCAUAGGAGAGAUGUGGAGCACAGCCUGGGCUCAGGCCCUGAACCUGGAGACCCGGAGGAGCCAGAGUUCCUUAAAGAUGCAGUUUGAAGAGAAUUUCCACCUUCAGCAAAAUGUGCGGAUCCACAACAUUACCAAUACAAAGCAUUGUGACAACUACAUGGUAUUCCUCUGCAGUAUUUCUGCAGAUGCUGUCAAAUUUCCAGUCUUCGUUACCCAAGAGUCUCUUGCUGCUGUAUCCUGUGAGACUUACCAGGUAUCCUUAACUAUACAACAGGCACAGGUAGAAGUUAAACUACAGGAACAGGUACCGGAAGGGCUGCUGGUCUCCUGGAGUUUCAUGGACCGACCUGAGAUGGUGCUUGAGAUUAUGCCUAGUCGGUCACAUCAGAGCACAGAGAGGAGUGCAGAUCUUUGCACAUUACAAGAUCUAAUACAGAAUGUUCUUUUCUCAGCGGAACCUGCCAUGAUGUUCACCAUAAAUGCGAAUAAUGGCGAUACGGGUAUUUGUGACAAACUGCUGACAGAAUCCUCCUCCAAAGCAGAGCCUUUCAGACUAAUUGUUCAACAGCUGCGUCUACACAACGUAAUGCUGCUAGAGGCGGAUGUUCAGUUGAUGUGUGAAGCCGAGUUGGACAAUCCCUUCCAAAGAAAACAGACCCGAGCGAUCAGAUUGCAGAACAAAGGGGAGGUCUGCAGUGUCUCAUGGAGUGAGGAACUGACAUUUGACCUUACCCUUCAGAGUAAGGGACUUUCUUUGAAGGUAUGGCAGCUGUCCAAGUGUACAGAGAAUGUCCUUUUGGGGUACACCUUAGUGGCUCUGUGUUCACCCGGUAGAGAAAUGAGUCGAAGGCAUGUAUACCCUCUGACUCCAAGUCCAGUGUUGCCUAAAACAACAGUGCAAGCCAUCUCUGUGGAGGUUAACCUUACAUAUGCUGCUCUGGGAACACCAGCUGAAAGACUCAGUAUCACACCUACUAAGAAAGUGGAGAUGGAUCGCACUGUAAUGCCAGAUGGUACCUUGAUAACUACUGUAACUACUAUUCAGUCCCGACCCAAGUUUGAUGGGAGGAUGGAUACUGUUGUCAGGUCUCCAACAAAAGUCGAAGUGUCUGAGAACAAACCAGUGGUGUUGCCUCACAUCUACUCUUCUGGCUCCUUUCCAGACAGCUUCACGCAGUUGCUAGAUGGAUCUCCAGUCUCCAUUAAAUUGGAUCCAGUGGCAGAAACUGCAAUUAGACAACUGACUGAGCCAACAAACAAGCCAGCCAAGAGGACUCCUACCAAACGUAGCACUUUAAUUAUUUCGGGAGUGUCAAAGGUACCUGUUGGAGAAGAUGAGAUGGCCCUUUCACUUGGAUAUGCAGCUUCUAUGGAUGCCACAUUACGAAGUAGUCCUCACACUGGUCAAGAUUCAUUAAUUGAAGCUUCUUCAGAAUUUCUAUCUGAGAUGGCACUUUCUUUGGGCCGAGAUACAUGCGACACCACAAAAUCUGAUAUUUCUGGCUGGCCAUCAUUGGAUGAUAUAGAUUCUGAAACGGGAUCAAUUCGGGCCUUGGAGACACGGAGCCUUAAAGAUCACAAAGUUGGAUUUCUCCGCAGUGGCACUAAGCUUCCCUUCAGUCGGCGUCGUCAGAAUGCAGGUCUGAGUCAGUCACAUGAUGACCUGUCUGAUGCUGCCGCUGCUAACUCUCAUAAGAAGAUUGGCAGUCUUCCACGGCGUCUGUUAAAGCACUUUUCUCUAAAGACAAAGUCUAAGCCCAGUGUUAAUGGGAGUGCUCAGGGUGGAGAUAAGUGAGUGAAUAGCUGUCGCAUUUUAGAACACUUCUACCUCUGGCUCAGUACUGCAUGUCCCUGCAUAGCUGACAAGCUGUCAUUAUUAUUUUUUUUUCAUCCAGUCCUCAUGUAUGUAUGAACCAUUUUAAAUGCAUAUGGCUUAAAACCUCCAGUUUUGUUGAAAAGAAAAGCAAUCCACAUCUGGUGAAUUGCUAUACAUGGCAAAGAUUUUGGGACAAAAAUCUUACCGCUCUCCGUUCAUUGAAAAAAGUUUGCCUUACCCCUAUUCUUUUUGGACUAACUGAAUGGAGAGUUUGCUUCCAUUAUUACCACAUGAGAAGGAAAAGAAGCACGUAGGAAGCAUUUAUUUAAUUUCAAGCGAAGACUUCUGGAAAGCAAUUCACCAAACAAAUCAAGAUAUGACCUUUCUGGGGCUGGUGCCUGCUAACGUUGUAUAGAAAGCCCCAAAAUUGCCAUAUCACAAGAAAGCAAUGUUAUCAUUUUUGCCACUUUGGGUGCGGAUUGAAUUAGAAAGGUCACUUAAUUCAGUAUAAAGUGCAAAUUGGCCUGUGUAACAUAUUUCAAUUUUGUUAGUAAAAAUUAAAUUUUCCUCUAAAUAAAGUGCAAUGUGUAUCACAAGGCCCUGGUCAGAUGAGCGCGUAAAUGCUACAGACCAGGCAGCAAUAUACAAUGUUUAGUACAAAAAAGGUUAUCUUUUGAAGGAAACAAAGUGUGUUUAAGUUAAUGAGAAGCAAUAGCAUGAAUAAAAGAUGAUUUUUUACAAUGA